CUUAUUUUUCCUCGACAGCAGAAGGAGCGAGCAACCCUGGCCACUUACCCAUUUGGGGAGCUCUGCCUUUAGGUUAACCACCUUGCGUGUGCUUGCCUCGUCCACGUCGAUGAGCCUCAGAGCCACGCUCUACACACCUACUCCGUUCGAGCAAACCAUGCUACCAGUUUUCACAGUCUGCGGCCCCGAGAACAGCACAUGAGACGGUGAAAUUCUGCGCAGCGAGCUUGGAGUUCCGGCUCGCACAUACUCAUCAUGUGGCGCGACAGGACAAACCUUUUCAUAUCAUACCGACAGUCGUACGCCCACCACCCGCAGAAGAAGCAACGUUAUGGUGGAGGCUCCAAUGGCUUUGGCGACACUUCUAUGUUAUCUGAGGAACGUCGUGGCCUCAUCUCUGCAGGCGCAUACGAGGACGAUGGAGACACUGUCAUAGAGAUGGAUCUAUUACCGCCCAGGUGGCUGGAUGUUCAGGAUGAGGUGUCAGACCUGCUGGCAGAUAUCGCAGCGCAAACUCGCAAGCUUGAACCGCUGCAUCAAAAGCAUGUGUUACCGGGCUUCGACGAUGAAGCCGUCAAGAAGAAAGAAGAGCAGGAAAUCGAACGCAUCACUCAGCAGAUAACACGGCAGUUCCACAAUUGCCAGAAAGCCAUCAAGCGCAUCGAUGCUAUGGUCCACGAUUCGAAGCAGACAGGUGGUAUCAGUAAGGGCGAAGAGAUGAUGGCGCAGAACCUCAAGAUCUCUCUUGCGGCUAGGGUUGGUGACGCAAGCGCCCUGUUCAGGAAAAAACAAUCAGCCUACCUCAAGAAACUCCGCACAAUCGGUGGUCUAUCUACCCCGUUGGGAGACCGUUCAGGCACGCCCGCUGUCCAAAACCCGUACAGCGACCCCUCGCUCAUCGACUCGGAAACCGACCGCUCCUUUUCCCAAGCAACACUGCAACAAGCCAAAAGCAAGCUUCUCAACUCAAACGACGCCGUGAUUGCGCAGCGUGAGCGAGAGAUAGAGGACAUAGCCCAAUCCAUCAUUGACCUUGCGAACAUCUUUCAAGAAAUUCAAACCAUGGUUAUCGACCAGGGCAGUAUGUUGGACCGCAUUGAUUACAAUGUCGAGAAGAUGGCGACGGAGAUGAAAGCUGCCGACAAGGAGUUGACCGUUGCCACAGGUUAUCAGAAACGUAGUAUGAAGCGAAAGAUAAUAUUGCUGCUAAUCAUUCUGAUCGCUGGUCUCUUUAUACUCUUGGGUCUGAAGAUCAGCUCAAAGAGUGGUAAGAGUGGAGGUGGAGGCAUGAAUGCGCAACCAGAUCGGAUCACGGUUGAUGAACCUGCGGAAAAUGCACAUGUAUCGAUGAUAAGGAGCAGAAGUAUUUUGUUGGAGAUAGGCGAUGAUCUAUUCCGGCGAGAUUGGAGGAAACGGAGAAAGCGCCGUUUGGUGUAAAUAAAUUUUCUUAGCUUCCAAUUCUUGUAUAGAAAAUUCCACCGAAAAAGAUCAUUCACGUCCGAA